AUGAAAAACACCAAAUGUGCACCAUAUUCAUCACUCAAUUAAUGGAAAAAUUAGUCAAGAAUCUUCCGAGUCUCCACCAUUGUGUGAUUCAGGUUUUACCAUUUGCUAGCAGUCACAGCAUAGCUUCAUUGCAGUUUGCAUACAUUACAAGUCUUAGCAUACAUUACAAGUCUUUAGCAUCAUCCAAACUUAAAUACCCAACCAACUUUUCCAUUUUUAGAACCCAUUUCCCUUCGAAAAACAUGACAAACAUCAUCUCUUCUUCUUCAAUUUCCCCACUCAUCUGUUUCUUCGUCUUCUUCUUCUGGUUGGGCCAUGGAGGACCACAGGGAAUACAACAUAGUGCUGCUGCUAUUAAUGGUGCUGACAAGAUUCGUUCUCAGUUCCUUCAUCUUCUUCAUACCAGACGAUCUCCUCAAGUUCCUUGGACUGUGGAACCUUCAAAACCUGUGCGCCAUCCUUUGUUUCAACAAGUUCCUACACCUACCUUCAGCGAGGCAAUGGAAUCUUGUCCGAAGGCUGAUAUUAAAAAUCUUAAGGAACGACUUAAAGAGGAAAACUUCUAUUUGCACACGGAGGCUGGAGAGCAAGGAAGGUUGCCAGUUUUAAUCUUAAGCUUGAAAGACAGCAAACAGAAGAGAAGGCCCGCUGUUGUUUUUCUGCAUAGUACCAAUAAGAACAAAGAGUGGGUGCGGCCAUUGCUUGAGGCAUAUGCUUCAAGGGAAUACAUAGCCAUCGCUAUAGAUUCUCGGUACCAUGGUGAACGUGCACACAAUCUCACUACUUAUCGAGAUGCUCUAGUGUCAUCAUGGAUUAAAGGAGAUACAAUGCCAUUUUUAUUUGAUACGGUGUGGGAUUUGAUAAAACUAGCAGAUUAUUUAACUCAAAGAAAGGAUAUAGACCCUAAGAGAAUUGGAAUCACCGGUGAAUCACUCGGAGGAAUGCAUGCUUGGUUUGCUGCCUUUGUUGACACUCGCUAUGCAGUUGCUGCUCCAAUAAUUGGUGUUCAGGGAUUUAGGUGGGCUAUAGACAAUGAUAAAUGGCAAGCUCGUGUUGACAGUAUAAAGGCUGUUUUUGAAGAGGCAAGGGUUGAUCUAGGCAAGAGUGCAAUUGAUAAAGAAGUUGUUAAGAAGGCCUGGGAUAGGAUUGCUCCUGGACUAGCUUCCAUUUUUGAUUCACCUUACUCGAUUCCGGCCAUUGCACCACGUCCUCUGCUCAUAUUAAACGGUGCUGACGAUCCACGUUGUCCCCUUGAUGGUAUAAAAACUCCCACAAAGAGGGCUCGCAAGGCUUAUGCAAAGGCUCAUUCUUCUAAAAACUUUAAGCUCAUUGUACAACCAGGAAUAGGCCAUGAAAUGACAUCAUUAAUGGUGAAAGAAGCAAGUGAUUGGAUGGACAGGUUCCUCAAGCAGUAAUUUUUUUCCGUACAAAAAAGGACGUUUGAGAAUAAAAGGAAGAGAUUACAGAUGUUGAGGUUCAAAUCCCGGAUAUUAAGUUAACUUUGAAGAGAGGAUGCAUUAAUUAAUCGAGAUAAGCUUCGGGUUCUACCAUAAGGAUGCAUAUUUUUGGAACUGUAUUGCUGUAACUCUUUUUUGAGUGAUGAAAUAUGCCUACCAAUAAAAGACUAGUUAUGUUCUA